GGGCCGAACCACUCGCCCACCCGCCGCAGGGGGGCGGAAAGGGAGCGAGCCGCGGCUGCUCCCAAGUGCGGCUGCGGGGCCCGCUGUCGGGAUCCCCUCUCCCCCCUCCCCUCCGCUGUCCCGUUGGUUUCGCCCAGCGCGGCCCUUAGCUACGGCGGGGGCGCCGACGGAAGAUGGCGGCUCCGUGACCGCGCCGCCGCCGGCUCCGUUCGCCUUCCGCCGCUGCGCCCCGCGCCUGCCGCCCGCCCUCCCCGCCGGGGCCGGGGGCCAUGUCGGACUCGGACUCGGAGGAGGGCCCGGACCGCCAGCUCAAGCUUGUGGUGCUGGGGGACGGCACCUGCGGCAAGACAUCCUUAGCCACACGUUUUGCCCAAGAAACUUUUGGAAAACAGUACAAACAAACCAUAGGACUGGAUUUCUUCUUGAAAAGGAUAAUAUUGCCAGGAAAUUUGAAUGUUACUCUUCAAGUGUGGGAUGUCGGGGGGCAAACAAUAGGAGGCAAGAUGCUGGAUAAAUAUAUUUAUGGAGCUCAGGGUAUUCUUUUGGUUUACGAUAUUACCAACUGCCAGAGCUUUGAAAAUUUAGAGGACUGGUAUAAUGUGGUAAAAAAAGUGACUGAAGAAUCAGAAACACAGCCACUUGUGGCCUUGGUUGGAAAUAAAAUUGAUUUGGAGCAUAUGCGCACAGUGAAAGUUGACAAGCACCAACGAUUUUGUCAGGAAAACAAUUUCAGUAGCCAUUUCGUGUCGGCCAAGACAGGAGAUUCUGUCUUCCUGUGUUUUCAGAGAAUUGCUGCUGACAUCCUUGGCAUCAAAUUAAACAAAGCAGAAAUGGAACAAUCACAGAUGAGAAAUGAAUCCUGUUCUGGUUCAGUAUACCCAUUCUGAACUGCAUACAUACCUGUGGAAUCACAUGUUUGGAUAGCUAUUGUGGCUCCCUGCCAUAUGAAAUUAUUUUUCUCACCAUACCAGUCCCAAAUAAUCUCCCCCUAAGGGAGUUCUGUAGUUUUCUUCCCUUGGGCUUUGUGUUUUGUUCUUUGCAGUGAGUUGCGGAUUUUCUACCAUCUCCUCUGCUGUAUGAAAGAGCUGAGAGAGAGGACAGUGCUUCCCAAAAAUAGGUGGGAAGGUCGUUAAAAAGGAUGCCCCUCAUUCUCUUAUAUUGGUUAGUAGUGAGUUAGGGAUGUGAAUGCAGUGAUUUUACUGUGCACACAUGUCAAAACCCUGUUGCAUGUCCUGCUUUGAACUGUAACAGAGCUUUUUUCUUUAAAGAAUAUUUCAUGUAAUUGUUGUAUGCAAAAUAGCUCUAAUGAGGGCAGUUUUAUAACCUUUUAAUUUAGUGGGGAAAAGAUGUUUUCAGUUUUUUUUUAAUUUGAACUCUAAUUUGAUUAGCUGCAUUUAAUAGAAUUUAAGCCAUUUAUUUAAUAUCAGAGAGUGUUCAAAAAUGUGUUAAUUGUUCAAAUGAGCAAGCAAGCAAGACAUUUUCCACUAUAACUCCUUUUUCCUUACCACCUCCCUCUCUCCUAGUUCCUGCUUCUAAAAAUAAUUUUGCUGCCAGGAAGACUCUAUGUGCAUAGGUUUAAACCAAAAGGAUUUUACAUAAAACCAGUUUCAGAAACCUCAGACAAAGAUUAUACUACUGAGGCAACCUUUAGUAUAUAAGGACAUUUAAGAUUACAAUACACUUAUUUCAAAUUUAUUUGUUAAACUAAAAGGUGGCUGAGCUGGCAUAGUAUCCUGGAAUUGCUAGUUGCUGUUAAUAUUAAAAAAGUACUACCAAAAAAAAGUCAAGUUUACUUAACAAACAAACAAACAAAAGACAGCACAAAACACUUCUUGUGUAUACAGGUUGGUCUCCUGCUUUUUGAAAUAUACAAUAAAUAUGUAAUUUCUGAAAGUGUUUCACCAUGGCAGUGUUUACAAUCAUUGUGGAAGUGGUCAAGAAAACUGUAUUGCAAACAGUAAAAUGGCAAAAUAUACUUAGAGUGCACAUCUAACAAGUAAAGCAAAAAAGCUUCAAAAAGCUAUGAUUUAUAGUAGAGAAAUAUGGAGUGUGUCUUUUCAAUAUUCUUUUACUACUAAGUCACCAUCUUUCUAUUGUUCUGAACCCAAUAAUGGUUACUAUAUAAAUAAUGUAUCACAUAAAUAGUUCUUUAAUUUUUCUUUGGCUGUUUAGCUUGCAUUGGAACAGUAGACUCAGAUCUCUCUGUGCUGUUGUGACCUCAUAACUCAGGUGUAAACUUGUAGAUAGGUAUGAAAAUGCCUUCAAUUAUAAAGAGAAGAUGAGGUACGAGGUUAUACAGAAUAUUGUAGCUUUCUAGAGAAAGUGUCUGUUUAUAGGUUCUUUUUAAGGUAACUGAUACUGGCUUCUUCCUACCUUGGUAUAAUAAUAACAAUUUUUAAUUAUGUUGACCAGAUCAAUGGAACAUGCAAUAUGAGGGUAGGACAAAGUUGAUAUUAAGCAAUUUACAGUAGCAAUAGCCUCUAAACAAUGUGCAUAAUAUAAAUACUCACUGUGGCCCACACGUUACUGUUAUGUGAAUCCAAGCUGUCAGAAUUAAAAAAUAAAUAAAUCCGAACAUAAACAGCAAAACCACCAACAAAAAAAGAAACAAAGCCUGUAAAUGGAAGUGGAUAGAAAAGAAACUAUUGUCUCAUCAUUCAGGUACAGCAGAAGUCACUGUAUGGUGAUAUGCUGCAUGUAGCUGAAGGGUGUAAAGAAACAUUCUGACUUUGAAAGCUUCUUCUAAUCAACCAUAGUAUCAAUAUAUUCUAAAUAAGCAAUAAUUUGUUGUUAACAGUAUAAUGUUUGCUCUCUUUGAGAGUGCUAUUUUGAGUGGGCAGUAGGAAUUGUUCAUAAUUAAGUCAAUGAGAAACCAAUGAUAAUUGUAUUUGAGAGUUCAUCUGUUAGCUUUAUUUUAAGGUUCAUUGUUGUAUGGAACCAAAUACUCUGGUCACUUCCUAAGAAAGGAAAGAAAAAGUCUGCUUAAAAUUGGGGAGGGAAAACGUUAACCUUCACAGCUUCAGAGAGAGAAAUAGAAAGAUGUUUCUUGAGAGAAAUUUAUUAGUCUGCAGUGGAAAAGCCUAACUGAAGUAAUGUGUGGAUGCUGUUGUCCAAAAGCAUGGAGCUGGUCUUUUGGCUGGGAGGAGGAGAUGUUAAAUGAUAUUACCAUUACUUGGGUACUGGUUUACUACAAAUGUUUUUGUAUGAUAGGUACAGAUUCUAUAGUGUGCGUGUGUAAGGGGGGAUGUUUGUUUUUAAAUUUCUCUCAAGUGGGCAUUAGGCUUCCUUAAAUUGUAGAAUGGCUAUAUGGUCAUGCUCCUAAAAAUUUCUGGGAGUUAAAUAUUCUGCCUAUUGUACUAUAAAAGUAGAUAGAUGGGUAGAUGCUAUAAAGGAACAAAACAAAACACAAAAAUAAGUGUGACUUAUCCUUAUCUCAGUAAAUACGUGAGUAAUGAAUUGGAUUUCAUCUUUGAUCAAAGAGUAGAACACAUUUUAGUUUUACAAAAGUGCACUGUUUACUACCUGGAUUAUAUCUUUGAAUUUUCAGUAUUUUGUGUAAUGUGAGGUUUCUUCAUUUUGAAAAAUAAGAAGGUGUCUGCUUGAGUAUGUUUGUCAGAGAACAUCAGAUGUCUUAAUUCAGUCUAGGAGGUGACAAAGUAUAAAAUGAAACACUGAGUAAAACACGAAUGGUGGAAUGCUAUAUGCCAGUUACAAUCUGUUAUGUAUUUAUUCAUUAUUACUGAUUGUCUAAUAUUGAGAGUAUUCUUUAAAAAUUAUUUCUAGCACUUGUGAUUCUAUGGCUGAAGAUGCUGUUUCCUUUGUUUAGAAACCAAAUCUAAUUGUUGCAGUCAAUAAGCGGACCCUAGAAGUGAGUCACUUGGUUGGAAAUAAUAGACAUCCUAAACACAUUAUUGAAACUGGUGUGAAUUUGGGGGGGUUGACUCGUGUCUUCUGAGCUUUGAUAACUCGCAGAAUGCAGAAAUUCUUGUGAAAAGUGGAUGGGGUUCUUGGUCCUCUUCAAAUUAACUGCUAAACUGUUAAUUAAGUGCAAGAACAAACCGUAGCAAUUGAAGUAUUUACCAUGAAUUGUUAUAGAAAAUGGCUGCAGCAGUUUAACAUGUAAAUGCGACCAAAGCUAUUUGUUACUGCCCUUUUGCUGGAAUUUAUCG